CAGAAGGAAAAAAGUUUGCGAUUGUUUGGAAGACAAUUUUGCUUAUUCAAUUUUCGAUCAAAUUGCGUUUUCACUCAUUUAAAUUUAAAUAAUAAAUUCAAUAAUGUACCAAAGUUUUUAUUUAAGAAUUCCAUCAUCAAUAUCUAAUAAAUUUUAAAAAGCUAUACUUGACAUGGCUUUAUACGUUUGGGGAAGUGGCGCUUGUGGGGAGUUAGGACUAGGUGAGUCAGGUGGUGAGAGAGAAGACAUCAUUAAUGAUCCUCGAAAAAUGCAAUGGGAAGAAUCAGGAAACUUAAAGAAAGCUGCUUUGGGUGGACAACAUCAUUCAAUGGCUGUGAACGAAUGGGGACAGCUUUUUGUUUGGGGUUCAAACAGUUCAGGCCAAUGCGGAUUGGAGAAUGAUUCUUCGGUUAAUUAUCCUGUACCGAAGCUUGUGAAGUCGCUUGCAACAAUACAAAUAGUUCAAAUUGCUUGUGGACAAUAUCAUUCGUUGGCAUUGACAAAUUCUGGCGAACUUUAUAGUUUUGGAUCAAAUCUGCACGGUCAACUUGGUCUUGGAUUUGAAUCAGAAAAAGUGUUUAAACCAACACUCGUAAAAUCACUUGCCGGUGUUCCAAUUGCAUUCUUAUCAUGUGGAGGUAAUCAUAGCCUUGUUAUAUCGAAAUCCGGUGCCGUUUUUGGAUGGGGAAAAAAUCUUUAUGGACAACUUGGAGUCAAUGAUCAAAUAUCAAAAAGUUAUCCCACGCAAUUACGAACACUUCGAAGCAUUGGAGUUCGCUACAUCGCUUGUGGUGAUGAUUUUUCUGUCUUCCUUACACAAGAUGGUGGAGUAUUUAGUUGUGGUGCUGGUGCUUUCGGUCAACUUGGACAUGGAAUUUAUGGAAAUGAAAUUCUACCUCGAAUGAUUGUGGAGUUGAUGGGAAGUACUGUAACACAAAUCAGUUGUGGUCGUCGUCAUACAUUGACAUUUAUUCCUUCACGAAAACGAAUUUAUGGAUUUGGCUUGGACGGAAGUGGGCAAUUAGGAACGGGAAAGAAUUGUUCGAAAUCAUCAAUUCCUCAAACAGUUCAUGGACCUUGGGUGUCUGACACAAGCAUCUCAAAUGACAGUGAUCUCAUGAUUAAAAACAUUUUUGCAGGUGGAGAUCAUUGUUUGGUUUCACUUGUUUCUGGAACAUUAGGAGGUGAAGUUGACGACUUUAGAAAUUGUGUCAAUGAGCAUCAAAUCUGGUCACUAACAAAAAUAUUGACAAUCGAGUGUGCAAGUGUUAAAAGUGAUGAAACUAUCGAUAUGGAAUUAAUAACUAAAAUUGAAGUUGUUUUUAAACAUUUAGCUUGUUUUAAUGGAAGCUUCUUACUAAGUAAUAAUCAGCACAUUUGUUGUACCUCAAAACACCAUGGAAUUGAUAUGAAAGAAGCUGAAGAAGCCUUCGACUUUAUUAGAAAAAUCGAUCAUGAAAAUUUGAAAUCUUUGGUGUGGGAAUCAAUAACUAAUGAUUUAAUCAAUUCGAUAUCAUCAGCUCCGCCCGAUGUUGAAACACUUCGCAUAUAUUUGAUUUUGCCUUUUUAUCAUGAAUUUGUCAAUACAAAACAUUAUCAGAAAUUACACUCACCGUUUUCUAAGACAUUACUCAACUUGGAAAAGAUUCCAUUGAAGAUCAUUUCGGGAUGGUAUGCACUUACAACUUUAGAUUAUUUUGAACGACUUGUUAACAUUUUCAAAGAAGUUGUCAGAUAUUUUCUGCAUUUUGAAAUGUCAAAAAUUCAACUACAACCCAAUCGACAACUUUUAUUCGAAAACAACUUCUACCUGGCUCUCAGCAUGUUAUCGCUACUUUAUCAUGUCAAUCAUCAACAAAGAAAAGUAAAAGUGCCUUACGAAACAUUUCAUGUGUCUGAGAUUACCGAAUAUUUUGAAAUUCGUCACGAUUACAUUUCAUGGUGCUCGGAUUUAAAUCCAAAUUCAUUCUAUUUAUGUAAUUUUCCGUUUCUCUUUGAUGCAUCUGCCAAACAUUUAUUACUUCAAACCGAUCAAGCACUUCAAAUGCAUAAUGCCAUGCAAACAGCCGCUAGCAAUAUUUUUAAUCUUUUUGGUACUCCAGCAAAUAUUUACAUUGUCUUAAAUGUCACCAGAGAAAAUAUUGUUGAAGAUACCAUACGAGAGUUAUCACGCUACAACAGUGCUGAUCUAAUGAAGCCCUUAAAAGUAAAAUUUGCUGGUGAAGAAGCGGAAGAUGCUGGCGGUGUUCGUAAAGAAUUUUUCAUGUUGCUUUUAAAGGACGUUCUUGAUGCAAAAUAUGGAAUGUUUAAGUACUAUGAGGAUUCUCGUGCCCUGUGGUUUGCUGAAGAUUCUUUCGAGAGUGAAGAAAUGUAUAAACUCGUUGGGAUUCUUUGUGGACUAGCAAUCUAUAAUUUCACAAUCAUCAACAUCUCUUUUCCACUUGCACUUUACAAGAAAUUACUCAACGAAAAGCCAAAUUUAAGUGACUUAAAAGAAUUGUCUCCAACUUUGGCUCAGUCAAUGCAAAGUAUUUUAGACUAUGAUGGUGAUGAUAUGUCUGACGUAUUUGGGUUAUCAUUCGAAGUGUCGAGAAUAUAUUUUGGUGAAAAUCGAGUAUUUGAACUAAAACCAAAUGGCUCAAAUAUUUCGGUUACUCAGGAAAAUAAAAAAGAUUUCGUUGACCUAUACAUCGACUUUAUUUUUAAUAAGUCAGUUGAAAAGCAAUAUAAAGGAUUUCACGAAGGUUUUAUGAAAGUUUGUGGUGGACGAGUUAUGAAACUUUUCAAACCUCAUGAACUUAUGGCAGUCGUUGUGGGAAAUGAAGAUUAUGAUUGGAACGAAUUUGAAACCCAUGCUGAAUAUAAAAACGGAUAUACAUCGAGUGAUCCAACUGUAAGAAUGUUCUGGGAUGUUUUUCAUGAGUUAUCAUUGGAAGAUAAGAAGAAAUUUUUAUUAUUUUUAACUGGAAGUGAUCGUAUCCCGAUUCAAGGAAUGAAAGGAAUAAAGACCACGGAGUUCACAACUGAUCCACCAGACAUCGCAAUAGAAAAUCUUUAUCCUGCUUUAAUUCAAUGUUUCGCAAUAAUAACGAUCGGUUACAUUGCUGCGCGUCUCAAUAUAAUAACAAAUGCUGGCGCUAAAGGUUUCCACACAUACGUAGGCACGUUUGCACUGCCAUCACUGAUUUUUUUAUCACUCUCUGAAAUAAAAUGGGAAACAGUCAACUGGAAAUUUCUUCUCGCAAUCCUCAUUUCAAAGUCAAUAGCGUUUUUCGCGGUCAUGCUGAUCACCUUGCUUGUUGUGCGACCGCUGAACUUUGGAAAGUCUGGAAUUUUAGCAAUUUUUUGUACGCAAAGCAACGAUUUUGCGAUUGGAUUUCCAAUUGUUGAUGCAUUGUAUUCAAAAAUACAUCCUGAAUAUUCAGCGUAUAUCUACUUGAUGGCGCCAAUAUCUCUUGCCAUUCUUAAUCCAAUUGGUUACAUAAUGAUGGAAAUUACAAACCUGCAAAUAAAAAAUAAAGAACAAGCGUCACCGACAACAUCACCAGUGAGAUGUUCCCAGACAGCAGAAACUAAUGGUAGAAGAAAAAUUUUACGAGGAAAAUGUCUCGUCGUAGUUCACACAAUGAGAUCAAUUUUUAUGAAUCCAAUUCUUUUGAUGACGUUGCUUGGCGUAUUGGGUGGACAGAUUUUUCGAGAUGGACUUCCCAUAUUUUUAUCAAGUAUUCUAAGAGUUCUGGGGAAUUCUUUUGCUGGUUCCGCCCUUUUUCUUCUUGGUGUUAGAAUGGUGGGAAAGAACACUCAUCUCCAAGGAUCCGGAUUUCUUUUGCCAACUGUUCUCAUCAUUGUCAAAUUAUUAGUACUACCUUUAGUCAUCCGACAAACGGUUAACAUCACAAACGCUGGCGCUAACUUCACUGAAACAACUGAUCUUAGUACAUUUGGAUUCUUGUACGGAACAUUUCCAGCUGCACCGGGCGUUUUUGUUGUUGCAACAAGAUACAACACUGAUGUUGAUAUGAUUGCAUCGUCUAUGGUUGCAUGUACAUUUGUUUCCGCACCAUUGAUGUUCAUUUCAGCGAAAAUGAUUUCAAUAACCAACCUCAACCCUUCAGAUUAUUUGAAGGAAUUAGACAAUUUCGCUUUCGACACAAGUAUAAUAGCAAUUAGUGCCGCAAUUUUUGUUCUUCUAUUGUUUACAGUUACGAAAAAAUUUAAACGCUUGCCACAUAGAAUUACUUGUUGUUUAUUAAUAUCACAAAUAAUAUCAAGCAUUGGCGUUAUCUUAUGGUCAAAGCUUGGACAAGAAGUCGAAUGGAAAAUGUACCUACAGUUUGGUUUCUUUACCAUCGGACAAUACGCUUCGAGAAUCUGGACAGCUUUUCUGGCAAUAACGCUUUUAUUUCUUAACUCAAGAAGUUUGUGUUUCGCAUUAAAACUCUGGCCUUUCUUCCUCAUCAUUGGCUUCGGUGUGCCAACUAUAUUGACAGCUAUUUUAUUUUUAAUUGAUAUGAAGAACAUUCUUCCAAAAGAGAAACAGAACCCAAGCUUUCAAUUUGGAAAUGUCCAAGCUGUAAUCUCAGUUUUUCUUUUAGUAAUGUGCUUUCUUGUAACUGUUGGAUGUUUGAUUCUUCAUCAACGUUACAAAAAACGAUUUGAAAGAUAUUUGACGCUAUCAAAAGAAGUUGCAGCUCCUGAUUCUGAUGCUUCAGAUACAAUAACAACAGCAACAAGUUCAACUGCAAAUCUUAAUGGUUUAAUUGCCAGAAAUGAUUCGGGAAUAAACUUCACAAUAAACAAUGUCAGACGAAGACGAUCUAUAUCUUCAGAUGAUGAUGACGAUGGUGUUGGAUGUUCCGGAAAUGCUUCAAAUGGCGAAUGUUGCUCAGCAUCUAUUAAGAAAGUAACGCAAGCUGUUGUUGAUAUUGAAGAUAUUAUACCAAAAAAUUCGAAUGUUGAUGUCACAGCUAAUAGCUUAUGUUCCACACAGUUUGGAUGUGCAAGCACAUCAAGACAAGCUUGUCAUUCACUUGUUCAAAGAUAUCAAGAGAACUCUCAUUAUGAUUUGGAACCAAUUGAAUAUGAAGAUAAUGUUGAUACUUAUCAAGUUCUUAAGCAUACAGUGCUGCUAAUUCUUCUUCUAUGCUCAAUGUUUGUUAGCUUCGCUUUAACUAUAUGGACGCUUAUAAUGGAAGGAAUGUCGGGAAUUUAUGUUGAGUUAUGUUUCCUUGAUGCUUUCCUAAACUUUGGACAAAGCUUAAUAGUUUUGGCAUGCUUCAUAAAUGAUUCUGGCGAACUUUUCGAACCUUUAAUUGUUAUUGCUAAAAAGCUUUGGUAUGGAGCGAAUGCUUUAAAGAUUCCUGAUUGGAAUGACUUAUCUAAUGAGACGAAGCAUGUUUGUGAACAAUUCACAACAUAUCAUCUUGACAGAUGUCGUAAGGCAAUAGCGAAAGACAAACGUUGGAGGAUUAAAGUAUAUAAGAAAGUAUUUUACGGAACGAUGUUCGUUGAUUACCUAAUUGAAGUCGGCCUUGCUCGUGAUCGAACAGAAGCUGUAACAUAUGGGAAAAGACUGAUUGAUGGACAUGUUAUGAGACAUAUAAACAAUUGUCAUCACUUUGCUGAUAAAAAAUUAUUAUUCACAUUUUGUAGUCGUCUGUAGAGAUAUAAAUCCCAAAACCAAUGAAAAUGGUACAAUAAUUGAUGGAAAGUAAAUACAAAGUGAUAUGUUUUUUUCUUAUUUAUUCUGUUAGAUUUCAUAUGAAUAAAUAAUUAUUUUAUUAGAAUGAGCUCGAACUUUUGAUGAUCAAUUACAGCCAUGUUGAUAUGAUCACAAAAAUUCGAUGAUAUUAAGUUAUUUAUAAUGGUGAAUUAUUAUUUCAUGUCCAGUUUAGAACACAAGAAAAACCUGAAGCUCGAAAUUACCUAAUGCAAAUGAUUAUCCAAAGUAAAUAUAAAUAAUCUAAGUCCCUAUCAAAAACUGCAAAAUAACUUUAUGUUAUUUUACAAAAAAGUUCUUUUGUAGCAAUUAUCUUAUUAAGAAAGUGAAUUAGUUAUGUUUGUGAAUAUUUUAUUUAAUCUCAAAAUAAACAAAACCUCAGUCAAAUAUUUUUUUUUCUUAUUUUGUUUUUCAAAAACUUCUGUAUAACUUAAAAAUGAUAUCUACCUAAUUUAACGGAUUUUUUAUUUUUUGAAUAAGGGGACUUCAACUGUGAACAUUUUGUAAAUUCGGGAAAACAAAAAUAUUUGAAAUAAAAUAGUGAAAAAUAAACUUAUUCAUAGAUUAAAAUAAACUAUCAAUAGAUAUUUAAAAGUCUUACAAAUAUGUCUCAAUCUAUUUGGGUGAAUUUCUUCGCUAAUGCAGGCAUUCCUGCUCCAGCCAAUGCUACUUAUGCACACAUAUUUGUUAAAAACAGAAUCGCCAUGGAUAUGCUCUCUGAAAUAAAUAAGGAAUAUCUUCGUGAGAUGGGAAUUACCGCUAUAGGCGAUGUCAUAAGCAUUUUGAGACACUCAAAAAAGGUACAAGAAGAGAUCCUACAAGACAACUUACUCUCUCAAAAUAAGAAAAUGCCUAUUGCAAAGACAAUACAAAUUGUUGAGUCUGAGUCCAAAGUUUCUUCGACAAAUGCUGAUAAAGUGAAAAUUGCUCGUCGAGUUCUUCCAGAACAUGAAGGAAAAUAUCAGGUGCAUUUACCAAAGGGUUCGACAAAGAAAAGUCAAGAGAUUUUAGCAAAAUAUUCAGCUAUGCAAUCAGACAAAAUUAAGAAAAAAUCAAUAUUCGAACGAUUAACAAAGAAAAAUGAGGAUAUCAUGGAAAUCUCUCCGAAUGAACCACAGAAGAUGAAAGCGACAAGUUCUUCCAUUUUUAAGCGUUUGGGACAGUAUAAAGGACUUGACAAAAAAUCUUCUGGAAUUUUAAAGAACUCUCCACAAAACCCCGAAACUAAAUUAAAAAAUUUAAAUGCGUUCAAGAAAGUUAUGAUGAGCAAUCCCAGCCGUUUAUCUUCAAGUGAAUCAGAGAUUGAGGAUAUAUCAGUAGAUAAAAUGGAUUACGAUGACAGCAAGCAAGUAAAAUUUUCCCCUGCUGUCGAAGUUCGUGUUUAUCAACAACGUUAUGCAAACACAGGAGUACAAAAUUUUAAUCGAGCACAAGCCAUGAAAACAGAUGGCAUAAAGUCAAGAUUGGGUAAACGUAAAGCUGAACCAUCUGUGUCAUCGCUACACAACACAAUAAAAACUGUCUCAAUGAAACCGCGAAAUGGUUCGACAUCACCUAAGGCUAAUAUGAGCAAAAUGAAAUCUGAUAACAUGUUAUUGUCAAAGAUGUCAGUUCAUAAAAGGUUGGAUGUAAGAAAUCGAAAAUUCUCAGUUCCUUCACAAAAAAUGAAAUAUUCUUCAAUGUCCAAAUCAUCUCCAUCAACAUCAAAUGUGUUUAAGCGUUUGGGUCAAGCAACAACUUAGAUGUCAGUUCAAUACAUGUAUGAUCAUGUAUCUCUCAUGAUUAAUUUCAAUAAAAUGUCAAGUGUUUAAAAAAGAAAUUAAGAAAAUUACGUUCAAUGACGUUUUAUGUAAUCAUUAAGUAUCACAAGAAAAAAUUUGUAUAUAAGAUAACUUAUCAUGAAAAUUUUGUGUACCAGUUUUAAAGCAAAACUUUUAAAUCUGAAAAUAAAUCGUGGAAAUAAAUCAUUUAAAUCAACC